GCUGAGGGGAAAUGUUACACGGGGGGUGCCCUGCACGGGGUUCGCCGAAGUAGCAACCCUGGGUGAUCUUUGGGACGGACCUUAGAGGGCAAGGAUGUGGGUUACAGUGGCGGGGCUUCCUGCGCGGCUGACUCUCUCAGUGUUGACCGGCGCUGGUCGCUUUUCCAUUUUGGGAUCCGGAGUGGCGACGCGGAAGGACUUGCCGGAGGUCCUUCGCAGGGGCUUCUCUGACUCCCGCCCUCAGCCGUUGCCCUGUCCAGAUAUCAGGGAAUCGUCCUCGUGCGUCUCUAAGUGUCGUUUAGACUACAAACGUUACGUAAUCAGUCGGAGAUUGGCUGAAACCUUGGCGCAGAUCUUGCAGGGGAAACGAAAAACUCCCCAGCUAGUCCUGGAGUGCAAUCCAGGUCCUGGAAUCCUGACCCAGGCAUUACUUGAAACUGGUGCCAGAGUGAUUGCCCUUGAAAGUGACAAAACUUUUAUUCCGCAUUUGGAGUCCCUAGGAAAAAAUCUGGAUGGACAACUAGACGUGGUCCACUGCGACUUCUUUAAAUUGGAUCCUAGAAAUGGUAGUUUAGUAAAACCACCCAUUAUGAUUUCACAGAUGCUUUUCCAGAAUUUGGGAAUACGAGCAGUUCCUUGGUCAGCAGGUAUCCCUUUAAAAGUAAUUGGAAUCUUCCCAAUUAAAAGUGAAAAAAAGGCCCUUUGGAAACUUAUAUAUGAUCUAUAUUCCUGUACUUCUGUAUAUAGAUAUGGACGAGUAGAACUAAAUAUGUUUAUCAGUGAAAAGGAAUACCAGAAACUAAAGGCAAGACCUAAAAAUCCAAACUUGUAUCAAGCGUUAAGUGUGCUCUGGCAAGUAGCUUGUGACAUUAAGCUUCUGCACAUGGAGCCUUGGUCAUCAUUUGACUUACACACCCAAAAUGGGCAGCUGGAAAAAACAAAGCGCAGGGAAUUAUCAGAACUAAUACAACAAAAUCUGUGUUUUAUUCGAAUGACUCCUCGCAGAAAUUUAUUUACAGAAAACUUAACACCUAUUAACUAUGAUGUAUUUUUUCACAUGUUAAAGCAGUGUUUUGGGAAGCGCAAUGCCAAGCUAGUAGAUCAUUUACAUUCAUUAAGUCCAGUUGACGCAAAGGAUAUAUUAACACUCAUAAGAAAACACGAAAAUGUGAAAAUAACUAACAUAUGCCCUGAGGACUUUAAACUUCUUUUUGAAACUAUAGAGUGUUCCAAAGAUUAUAACUGUAAGUGGCUCUGUGAUGACAUCAUGGAAGACAGAAUUAUGUAGGAAACUAGACCACCAAGACAUUAGCUGGAGAAGUUUAUUUA